CCUGACUAGAACUUGCGCCUAAGAGAAAGAGUCCGGGAGCGGUUGCGAAGUUCAAGAGGAGCAGGUGAAGUCCUGGGCUCGGAGGCGUAUCCAAGACUUGUCAGUUUAGCAUUUUGCCUUUCCCUGUGAAGAGGAAGAUCAGCCAAGUCCCAGCCUUUGCCCAAUCCAGAGCUGUACCAUGGCAGAGACUGGGAAAGAGGAGACGGUGUCAGCAGAGGCUUCUGGGUUCUCAGACUUGAGUGACUCAGAAUUUUUGGACCUGGAGGAUUCGGAAGAGUCAAGUGCUUCACCUAGCAAGCCUGGUCCUUCUUAUGAAUUACCUGGGAAGGAUGACGAGCUCAUAAGUUUACCAAAAUUGAAAAGAAGAUUGGAGUUCUCAUCACCUAUGGAGCGAUUUCAUCUUAAAUAUUUGUAUGUCACUGACCUGUCUACUCAGAACUGGUGUGAACAGCAAAUGGUAUUUGGAAAGGAGCUUCCUGGUUUCUUGACACCCAAGAAAUCAGCUAUUUUGGAUACUGGUGCCAGCAUCCACCUAGCUAGAGAACUAGAAGUUCAUGAUCUUGUGAGUAUCCCCAUCACCAGUAAAGAAGAUGCUUGGGCAGUUAAGUUUCUGAACAUAUUAUCAAUGAUUCCUACCCUGCAGUCAGAAGGGCGUAUCAGAGAGUUUCCAGUGUUUGGAGAAGUGGAGGGUGUGCUUCUUGUUGGUGUGAUUGAUGAGCUGUACUAUACAGCCAGCGGGGAACUGGAACUGGUGGAACUCAAGACACGUGGGAACCCUGUGCUCCCUUCAGACGCUCAGAAAAAAAAAGAUAGUUUUCAAGUCAGCCUGUACAAAUAUAUCUUUGAUGCCAUGGUACAGGGGAAAAUGACUGCUGCUAGCUUAAUCCACCACACAAAAUUGCAUUCAGAAAAACCACUGGGACCUUCAGUGCUGAGGCAUGCCCAGCAGGGAGGCUACUCUGUGAAGUCCUUGGGUGACCUCAUAGAACCGGUCUUCUUGUCUCUAACACUGUCUGACCUCCCACUUAUUGAUAGCCUGAAAAUUGAGUAUGUCCACCAAGAGACUGCCACUGUGCUGGGUACAGAGAUAGUGGCCUUUGAAGAGAAGGAGAUGAGAAGCAAAGUACAGCAUUAUAUGACCUACUGGAUGGGCCACCGAGAGCCUCAAGGGGUUGAUGUGGAGGAGGCCUGGAAAUGCCGGAUGUGCAACUACGCAGAUAUCUGUGAGUGGAAGAAGAGCGGUGGGUUGACCAGUGCCACGCGAGAGCCACAAGUCAAAAGGGCCAAAUGAACAGAUGUGCCUUCAAGAACUUUGAUGGUUCCUGCAUCUAAUGUACUCAGCAGAGUUAAAGAGGACCAGUCUUUUCAACCGAGCUUGAAUUUCUUGGAGAGUGUUCUCAUUUUGGUUCUUUUCAUGUUUUCUCAGCCUCUAACCUCACAAAUCCAAGACCCUGGCUCAUGGCUGAGGGGGAGAGAUCUGGGAUUACACUAUCCCUAGAUCUUUGCCACAGGUUGCCAAAAAGACAAAUGCUCAUCGUGGCUGGAGCACAAUCAUUGUUUUCCUAAGAAGAUUCUUCCAUUUCUUUUAAGUCUCUUCCCUACGUUUUUCUCAGUCAAGGUUUAUACAAGGUGCUAUAGCAUGUGCCAGAAUUUCCUUUUUAAGACUGAAUAAUAUUCUACUGUGUCAAUAGCUUUUAAAAGUAAAUGAGAGCAAAGUAGUACUCCAGAGGAGGAGCUGACAUGGUAAAAGCUAACAUGUUGCGGAAUGAUUUAUCUCAGAUGGAUCCGAAACUAGAACUAUUACAGUGGUGUCAUAGUCCACCAGGUUGUCAGAUCCUCACAUGUGGAAGCAAAAAAUGCAGAUGGUUCUGUUGACUUGGGAACAAGGGGAGGGUCUAAGUCCUAGAGGUCUGGAUGAAGUGAAAAAUGAACUAUACUGAAUUCCAGGUCAGUAUCCUAGGAAUACUGAUUAAGCCUCAUAAGCAGAUUCUGUGAAUGUGGAAUACAAGUAAGCUAAGAAUUGUUAUCCCAGCCUCAGUAUCUCUAAUUCCACUGAACUUCACGUCUGCUGUUCUUUAAUAAUGUCUCCAAUAAACACAACAUUCAUUGAA